ACACGCCUCCAAUCCAUUUCCCUAUCAAAUGAAAAUCGCAGCCUCCCUCCCGAAGACCUGAACACCCUAACUCUAAAAUCGACCAGCGACUGUGAAUGCGCCUCCGCUCCUACCCACCUCCACGAAAAGACACGAUGGCGGCCUCAAAUCCGACCUAGCGAUGGCAUCGCGAUGCCGGCCUCGUCUCUGACUAAGCGAACGCAACACCGGGCCUUGAGCUUGGCUCGGUUUUGUAGUACCCACUUGCUCUCGUACGCCUCCUGCCGAGUUUGAAGGACGAAAAGGCGAGAGACAGAGGAGGGAAGAGAAUAGAACCACUAGCAGCAUAUUGGGUAGAGUGGAGAAAUAUUUGGGUUUUGGGUGAGUCAUCACCAUUGGAAUCAAACAAAUAAGAUUGGAGUGGAUUUGGUGUUUAAUGUAUAAAGUUCGGUUGUAAUGCACUUUAUUUUGAAUUGGAC